CUCGACAUAUCCACAUCACCCAUCCGCUCCACUCGUCACCGCACACGCACGCCGAGAAAGAGACGGAGAUAGAGAGGUCGCCGAGCCGCUGGCAGCAAUGGCGGAGGGGAAGAACAAGGGCCUGGUGCUGCUGGACUUCUGGGUGAGCCCGUUCGGGCAGCGCUGCCGCAUCGCGCUGGCGGAGAAGGGCAUCCCCUACGAGUACUCCGAGCAGGAGCUCCUGGGAACCAAGAGCGACCUCCUCCUCCGCUCCAACCCCGUCCACAAGAAGAUCCCCGUGCUCCUCCACGACGGCCGCCCCGUCUGCGAGUCCCUCGUCAUCCUCAACUACCUCGACGAGGUCUACUCCGGCAAGCCCCUCCUCCCCUCCGACCCCUACGCGCGCGCGGGGGCCCGCUUCUGGGCCGCCUACUCCGACAAGGUCUACGAGCUCGGCACGCGGCUGUGGAAGCUCGGGGGCGACGCGCGGGCGAAGGCGCGCGCCGAGCUCCUGCAGGUGCUCGCCAACCUCGACGGCGAGCUCGGGGACAGGGCGUUCUUCGGCGGGGCGGAGUUCGGGUUCGUGGACGUCGCGGUCGUACCCUUCGUGCCGUGGCUGCCCAGCUUCGAGAGGUACGGGGAGUUCAGCGUGGAGGAGGCCGCGCCGAGGCUGGCGGCGUGGGCGCGGCGGUGCGCGGGGAGGGAGAGCGUCGCCGGGAGCCUCCACCCGCCGGAGAAGGUCGACGAGUUCAUCACCAUGCUCAAGAAGCACUACGGCAUCGAGUAGUAGUGGAGCUGGUCCAUGCAUGGAUCCAUCGAUCGGCUCCGCGGAUGCUGCUGGUGAUGGGUGAGACUGAGACAUGUGGCUGCCAUGCGUGCGUGCUGCUGUUUUUGUCGGCUCCGUGUGGUUGUCUGAUGUGCGACGUGGUUGCAAAGCUGCUGCAUUGUUUGGUCGUGUCACCAACUGUUCGGGUGGUUCUUGGUAAUUUGUUCGGUUUAGUUACCAAGUUGCUCACUCCAUAUGCUUGAGCUAAAAAGAUCCUUCCCCCGUAUUUCUCAGUUAA